UUCAAUGUCUUCCAGGGUUAUAGAGUGAGUUAGAAACUAGCCUGGGAUACAUGAAAUCCCGUCUCAAGAUUAAGAAAAGCAAAUAAACUUCCAAGGAGUCCUACGCACCGCCGCUUGUGCGGCCGCCAUGUCUCUAGUGAUCUCUGAGAAGUUCCAGCACAUUUUGCCAGUACUCAACACCAACAUCGAUGGGCAGCGGAAAAUAGCUUUCGCCAUCACUGCCGUUAAGGGUGUGGGGCGGAGAUAUGCUCAUGUGGUGUUGAGGAAAGCAGACAUUGACCUCACCAAGAGGGCUACCCAGCUCACGGAGGUUGAGGCGGAGCGUGUGAUCACCAUCAUGCAGAACCCACGACAGUACAAGACCCCAGACUGGUUCUUGAGCAGACAGAAGGAUGUGAAGGGUGGGAAGUACAGCCAGGUUCUGGCCAAUGGUCUAGACAACAAGCUGUGUGAGGACCUGGAGCUGCUGAAGGAAAUUCGAGCCCAUGGUGGGCUGUGCCUCUUCUGGGGCUUUCGUGUCCGCGGUUAGCACACCAAGACCACUGGCCACAGCGGCCGUACUGUGAGUGUAUCCAAGAAGAAAUGACUCCUUGGGCCUUUGCUGUUAAUAAUUAGUUUAUAUGCCUAUGAAAAAUAAAGAAAAGUAAAUAAAAGCACAUUUGUGCUACCA